GCAUGCCUUUGAAUUUUCCCGCCUCCAAACUUUUGAGCUGAAGCGCGGCGAUAUGGGAUGUUUUGGAUGCGUGCGCAGCCCCAUGUGUUUCCGCCUAAAACUAUACAAUGAUUUUGUGAAGAAUCCGUGGAUUUUUGUCUUGUAAACUUUGAAUUUCUCGAGGACUGAGGGUGUAUAGAGUUUUACGUAGUGCACGUAGUGAUGAUUAGUAGUAAUAAAGACGAAAUUAAGAAGAUUGAACGUUAUGACUUGAUUUCUGCACUACAGACGCCACAGUAAAACUCUACCCCAACGAACGUCCGAACGAUUACAAGCAUGGACCCGAUGGAUCCACACAAUCCGGCCCUUGACGCCUUACUCCAAGCAGCAGAAAGACAUCGACGAGAUAAUGAAAGAUACCUGCUGGAGGCAGAAAACAAACAUCUACGCGAGCAGCUCAGGAGGACGACGGCUAGUUUUGCAACUAGCACUCCGUGCGCAACACACCCUGCUUCUGCAUCUAGCUCGAGUUGUGUUGAGAACUCUUUGGCUGACGCGCUGGCAAAACUCGCUGAUAGUAUAACGAAAAAGGACAGGUUGCCUAAGAAGGAACCAGCAAUAUUCACCGGUAGUGUGUUCGAAUAUCCGGUGUGGAAAAACUCGUUCAAGGUGCUAGUUGAAGAUAGUUACCCGGACUUUACUGACAGAUUAUAUUAUCUCGGCAAGUAUACGGCCGGAGACGCGAAAGAUUGCAUCAAAGGAAUGCUUGCAAUCAACAGUGAAGGUUCCUACCAGAAGGCUCGUAGCGUGCUUGAUGAGCGAUUUGGAGACAAGUUUCGGUUAGCCCGUUCCUUCCGGGACAAGAUUGACGCCUUACCAGAUGUCAAGCCUGGUGAUGGCAAAGGCCUUGAGAAGCUUGCCGACUUCAUGGCUCAGUGCAACACAGCGAUUGGUGAAUUGUCUCACCUUGGGGUCCUGAAUGAUCCUGAGGAGUACGAGAAGAUUUUGCGCAAACUACCUAGAUACCUACAGCAGAGGUGGUUCGUAGAAGUCGACAAAUGGCUCUAUGGACCCGGUGACAUUCAGAACAGUUCGGGCGGUCCACCGCGGUGCCAUGAUAAUUAUCCGCCUUUCUCCGUCUUCUGUGCCUUUGUACAAAGGCAGGCACGCAUCGCUAGAAAUCCAAUGGCUGAGCGGUGUGCUGAUUCCAGGAGUAAGCAGCCCAGUGACACUCGCAGUUCCAAGAUCAAGGACUCGUAUCCUAAAAGGUCCCCAUCGCAGAUCAGCAGCCUCGUCACCAGUGGUACCCCUGUUACCACUAAUAAUGCCAGUAGUGAUGCCGGGGGUGUGACAAGGAAAGCAACGUGUGCCUAUUGUAAGAAGGCCCACAGGCUUCAUGCCUGUAGUGAGUUCGUGAAACUGAACGUCCCCGACAGAGCCAGUUUUGUAAAGAGGAACGGCCUAUGUCUAGGCUGUCUCGGCUGGGGCCAUAUGAAGAGAGACUGUAAGUACAAGAAAACUUGUGAUACCUGCAAGGCCAUACACCCGACCAUUCUGCAUGAUCCUGGCUUCAGGCCGCGCGAUAGGAACCACCCCAGGAACGACAACAAAGACAACAAAGAUACGGCACAAGACCAGGACAACGGCGUACCGAAGGACGAUAGUUCUACCCCACCCCAGGUCACAACCCACUUCAUUGGAGCAGACUCCGGAGAAUGUACCAGCUUGAUAGUCCCUGUGACUCUGCGUCACAGGGAUAACGUGAACGAAACAACCAUCGUGUACGCCCUACUUGACGAGCAGUCCGAUGGUUGUUUCGUGAUCGAUUCUGUUCUAGACAAGAUAGGGGUAGAGGGCGAACCCUACUCCUUGAGGUUGGCUACCAUGACAUCCAAUACUACUGUUGAAUGUAGGCAGGUUCGUGGCCUUGUGGUUAAAGGUCUUUAUGAGUCACAGAGUUUUGACAUGCCCGUAUGUUACACCAGGGGAGGCAUCCCAGCCAAGCCUAGCCAAGUUCCUAGACCAGAGAAUGUUCGGCAGUGGUCCCACUUAGAGCCAGUCCAUGGCAAGUUAGCUCCCUUCUUUGCCGAUGUUGAGAUAGGACUUCUGAUUGGACUGUCUUGUCUGCAGGCCAUAAAGCCUCUGGAAGUCCUACCUGGCAAAGAGGAUGACCCUUAUGGUGUACGUACUGCACUUGGCUGGGGCGUGGUUGGAAUGUCUCCUCAGGGUUCAAGGCCACAACAGCGCCAUCACUUUUCAUUUAGAACACAGAUCACGGAGGUAACCCCUCAAGCUGUCAUGAAUAUGUUUGAUGUAGAAUUUGUUGAAAGGUCAGGUAGUGAGGAGGGCGUUGGCCUCUCAGUUGAAGAUCGCAAGUUUCUGCAGAUACUAGGGUCACAAAUUCGUCAACUUGACGACGGUCACUAUGAGUUACCACUCCCAUUCCGCGAUGAGAAUGUAAGGUUACCCAACAAUAGAGCCCAAGCUUUGAAGCGUCUGUCCAGCUUAAAACACAAGAUGGAGAAAAAUCCUCAAUUCAAGGAGGAUUAUCUUCAGUACAUGAAGGAAAUGAUUGAAAAGGGUUUCUGUGAGCGAGUGCCAGAAAAUGAGAGCUGUCCCGAAGGCUCGGUUUGGUAUUUGAGUCAUCAUGGGGUCUACCACCCAAACAAACCUGGACGUAUCCGGGUGGUAUUCGAUUGUAGCGCCGAGUUUCAGGGCGAGGUUCUUAACGAGCAUUUGCUCCAGGGUCCAGACCUAACCAACAACUUGGUAGGGGUCCUUUUGCGUUUCCGCAAAGAGUCUGUAGCUGUAGUCUGCGACGUGCAGUCAUUUUUCAAUAUGGUCAUGGUGAAGAAGGAGCAAAGGAAUUUUCUCAGAUUCCUUUGGUAUGAGGAUGGCAAGCUGGUGGAGUAUCGCAUGACGAGACAUCUCUUUGGGGCUCGAUCUUCGCCAGGCUGUGCCACCUUCGCACUGAGGGCCAAUGCUGACAAGUAUGAAUCUGAGUGUGGGUCAAAGGCGGCUGAGUUUGUCCGUGCUGGGUUCUAUUGCGACGACGGAUUGUCGGCUGAGAAAACUACUGAUGAUGGAAAGGACCUAGCAUGUGGCAGUAGGAAACUUUGCAAGAAGGGUGAAUUCACACUGAGAAGCUACUUAAGCAACGAUAGGGAAGUUAUGAUGGCUGUACCAUUGGAGGCUAGGGCUAAGGGUGUGCAGGAGUUGAAUCUCUUGUCAGAAAACUUGCCUACAGAGAGGACCCUGGGCCUUCAGUGGUGCACGCAAUCAGAUUCCUUCCAGUUCAAAGUGGUCAUGCGGGAAAAGCCUGUAACUAGACGUGGAAUAUUGUCCACAGUGAGUUCGAUUUUUGACCCACUUGGCCUGAUUGCUCCCUUCAUACUGACAGGACGUCGCAUUCUGCAGAAUUUGUGCAAUGGCAAGCUACAUUGGGACGACCCUGUCCCACCUGAAAUUAAUGUACAGUGGGAAAAAUGGUGCUCAGAGGUGUCAAACUUGGCGAAUAUUGAGAUCCCACGCUGUUACCACCCUAGAGUGUUUGGUGAGGUUGUCUCAGUACAACUGCAUCAUUUCAGUGAUGCAAGUUUGGAACCUGGUGGGCUGGGCCAGUGUAGCUACUUGAAACUCACAGAUGACAAGGGAAAUGUUAGUGUCUCGCUUGUUAUGGGAAAGUCGCGCGUAACUCCUCUAAAACCGAUCACAGUGCCUAGGCUAGAGUUGUCCGCCGCAGUUGUGUCAGUUCGAGUGGGUGAAUUCCUAGAGAGGGAGUUGAAGUACGAGGGCAUAGAGCAUUUUUACUAUACAGAUAGUAAGGUGGUUCUCGGAUACAUUGCUAAUGAAACGCGCCGCUUUCACAUAUUCGUGGCUAACAGAGUUGAGAGGAUUCGGAAAUCCACCACACCAGAUCAGUGGCAUCAUGUCGAUACGAGUGUCAACCCGGCAGACAUAGCGUCUCGUGGAAUGUCAGCCCGUGACCUACUCGGAGCCAAGUCCUGGUGGGAAGGUCCAGACUUCUUGAGGAAGGAAAAGGUUCCCGUCCCCUUGUCUGAAGACGACGUACAGACGAUCGAUGAUGACCCAGAGGUCCGGAAAACUGUCCGAGUGUUAGACACCAAGAUCGUACCCUUUGGCAAGAUGUCCGAGAGAUUCGAGGGUUUCUCAUCCUGGUAUCGCUUGAAGAGGGCCGUCGCCUGCUGCCUGAAGUACAAGGACAUACUUCGUGAGAGGGUUGCAAAGGGAACUGGUGCCAAGGAAAAGAAGCUAGAUGUCAAGGACCUCCAGCGAGCAGAGACGGCCAUCCUCCAGGCUGUUCAGAUGGAGUCUUUUGAUGGAAAAAGGAGGAACCUACAGCCUUUGGACCCGAUUGAGGACGAGGAUGGCUUGCUACGUGUCGGUGGUCGCGUCAGGCGAGCGGAAAUACCAGAGGAGUUGAAACAUCCAGUCAUCGUUCCAAGGCACGGACAUGUUACUGACCUGAUUGUCGCGCACUUUCAUGGAUCGGUCUACCAUGGGGGUCGCAGCGCAACCUUGAAUGCUAGUCGUCAGGCAGGUUUCUGGAUAGUUGGCGCUAGGGGUGCUGUAACGAUGCACAUUGUGAAAUGUGUAGUUUGCCGUAGAUUGAGAGGCAAGGUUUGUCUUCAGAAGAUGGCAGACCUGCCCACAGAUAGGUUAGACCCAGCAGCACCUUUCACAUACUGUGGAGUGGAUUAUUUCGGCCAUUUCUUCGUAAAGGAGGGUAGAAAGGAGCUAAAACGAUGGGGCGUCCUUUUCACCUGCAUGGCAUCGAGAGCAAUUCAUAUCGAGGUUGCCCACUCCAUGGACACGAGUAGUUUCCUGAAUGCCUACCGUAGAUUUGUCUGUAAGAGGGGUCCUGUAAGGGUUUGUAGAUGUGACCAAGGUUCAAAUAUGAUAGGGGGUAAGAACGAGUUGCAACAGGCUGUCGCGGAGAUGAAUCAUGACAAAAUCCGUUCCGAGCUUGGCAAGGACAACUGUGAUUGGGUGGUUAUCGCACCGAACAAGGUGGCUGAGGCUUCACACUUUGGAGGAGUUUGGGAACGAAUGAUCAAGUCCACCAGAGAUGUCCUGUCUGCCAUCUUGCUGCAGAAUCCUGGCCCACUCGAUGAUGAGUUGUUGACGACCUUCCUGGCAGAGGCAGAGGCAGUAGUGAACAGUCGUCCUAUCACCUACGUUGAUUCUAAGAGCGGAGAGUCCGUAGAGCCUCUUAGUCCCAGUCAGUUGCUGACCUUGAAAUCUGCUGUCGUGGCGCCUCCACCAGGGAAAUUUGUGAAAGAGGACGUAUAUUCGAGGAAACGUUGGAGGAGGGUGCAGUAUUUGGCAGACCAGUUCUGGUCCAGGUGGAGAUCGGAGGUCCUGCCCCUGCUCCAAGAGAGACCAAAGUGGGAAAAGGUUCACAGGAAUCUGAAGGUGGAUGAUGUUGUCAUUGUAGUAGACAGCGAUUUGCCUAGAAAUCACUGGCCAUUGGCCCGGAUAUCGCGAGUAUACCCCAGCGAAGAUGGACUUGUCCGUAAGGUCCAGGUCACCCUUGGUAAAAGCCAAACUACACUGGAACGGCCCAUCGGGAAAGUUGUUUUGUUGAUUGCCCGGGAAGUCCCGAACGGGGAGCCUUCUGAGGAUUAGAGACCUGACACCUGAUAUUAGGCCCUGGUGCCAUGUCCUUUUCUUAGCUGGCGCCUCGGUCCGGACUGUUUCCCUAAAGACAUUUUGCAUACUAGUAUAAGUUGCAUUUGACCAUUUGAAGGCAUUUGAGAAUAGUCAAGGUUUGACUAACAAGUAUUUUGAGUGUUUCGAGUAUUUGGUAAAGACACAGUACUUGAGUACAUGUGGAUUGUAUUUUUUGUGUAUUUUCGAACUUGCACAUUGCAUAUUCGUAUUUUCUGUAUUUUUAGACUUGCAUUUUCUUUGCCUACCAGGCAAAUGUUUUGAAGUUCCAAGUUGAACCGCUGUAUUUGGAUUUGAAAGAUUAGUGGAUAAGGUUAAAAUCUGCUAAAAAAAAAAAAAAAUAACUGUUGUGAGUGAAAUGCUCCUAUGACUUUCUAUGAAAAGACACUGACGUUGCCAGUUUUUUGGGUGAAGUUGGUGAAAUUUAGUUGUUGCAAUGUAAGACAUGCGAAUUAGGUUUAAUCUCUUGAGUGAUUAGUGUUUAUUUGUCUUUGGGACAAAGGUUUGCUAAGACCAUGUAAAGAAUCAAGUUUGAUUCCAUUUUUUUGUGUACUUAGUUACUUGUAUUACACUGUAUGUGAAAAUGAUAAAGAAUCGGUCUAGAAAUCAGAUUUUUAAAGCUGAACUGUCUUUCUAAUGAGACUUUGUAAGAACUUAAAGUUGAACUGUAUUGGUUUUUGGUAUCUCAACCCUGUUGAGUGUCUCACUUUUGGAAGUUGAUUUUUGGUAAAUUGCCCUGUUAUGUGGUCAAUUUAGGGGAGCCAUGUGGGUGCGCGCAUGCCUUUGAAUUUUCCCGCCUCCAAACUUUUGAGCUGAAGCGCGGCGAUAUGGGAUGUUUUGGAUGCGUGCGCAGCCCCAUGUGUUUCCGCCUAAAACUAUACAAUGAUUUUGUGAAGAAUCCGUGGAUUUUUGUCUUGUAAACUUUGAAUUUCUCGAGGACUGAGGGUGUAUAGAGGUAAAUGUUCUUAACGUAUAUCAAAAGUAACAUGUAUAGACUGUACUGACGUAGUUGUCAUGAUAAUGAUAUGACGCAUUUAGAUACAAAUUCAGUGUUUUAAUCGAUGGGUUUCCUCACCCACGCUGUCUUUGUAAUUUUGUAGUUUCCCAACUGUAACGAUAGGUGGCAGCAUCUGUCAGUGAAGCCACUGCUCAUCUUGUUGGUUUUAAUGACAGUACAGAACAUCUUUAAUAGUUUAUGACUUUCCUCUUGCCCCUUGUAACAUCUUAAGAGUCUCUAUAGUAGCUGUCCUUGUAGAAUCCCUGACUGUCUUCCUGUACAAGUUCCUAGCUGUAAAUUCUGUCUCUAUAGUAGUGUCUCCUGUGAGACGUCCCUAAGGUUGUGACACACCAUUUCAUGUACCGUACUACUAAUGUAAGGCCCGCUGUAUUCUUUAUCCGUCCCUUUCCUAUCAACUGUGAUAUUUGAUUCUCCUAUGAUUAAUUUCUAUGUUUUCUUAUGAUUCCAAUCGUUUGUAUAUUUUCAGUUUUACGUAGUGCACGUAGUGAUGAUUAGUAGUAAUAAAGACGAAAUUAAGAAGAUUGAACGUUAUGACUUGAUUUCUGCACUACAGACGCC